AUGCAGCCAGUCAAUGACGACAAUGGAAUCAAGGGAACUCAGAAAAAGUAUUACGUUUUGUGGUAUUCCACUGAAGAUAUGGACAGAAUCUGCGAAUUUCUAUACAAUGAACUUUGCCCCCAGCAUUCAAAGUUCCGAUCUUUGGUUGGAAAACGGCUUAUCAGUGAAAUUCGUCUUAUCAAUCCUAUGGAUAACGGUAUGAAGGCCGCGUCGUUCCAUCUUGUCUGUGCUUCUUUGUAUGCAUUUGUAUGCUACAAGGAUAGCCAAAUUGUCACGGGAGCUCUAUUGCCAAUUCCAUAUGUUAACUGGUCAAGAUUCGUGUGGUUGACUAUCAUUGACUUGUACAUGCAAACCCUCUACCACUCGAUCGGAUUCAUUCUCUCUAUCGUGUCACCAAACAAGCGUCAUGUCAUCUUUGACUACUGGACCAAAGCUCUUGUUGGACCAAUUGGAGUUGCCGUCACAGUUCUAUUCUGGGGAUUGUUCCUCUUCGAUCCAGCCACUCUUGCUCGUGAUGAGAUGGCAAUGAAAAUUCUCUCCCUUUUCUGGUUCAAUCACGGACUUCAUACUCUGCCAGCGAUCACUGCCCAUUUGGACAUUCUCAUCUACAAUCACACUAACUUCUCCACCAGCGCUAUUUUGAAGGGAAUCGCCGUCUUCGUCACUCUCUACUUGGUCGACCUUCACUAUGUCUUCUACACUGCCGGAUUCUGGGCGUACCCAAUUCUUGGAGAGUUAGCUGCUCCAUUCCGGCUCGUUUUCAUUGCUGCGUGCAUGUUUGUGGUCUAUCUCGGAUACGUCUGGCUCUCUCUUCUCCACACCUUGGUUCACGGAUCCGAGAAGCCAAAGAAUAAGAAGAAAAAUUAA